AUGUAUGUCGGGAUUCGCGCGCCGCGGCCCACUGAAGCAUGGCCAUGCGCACGACGCAACGAUAAGGCAGCUUGCUCCCUGACUUCGUCCACCAUGUCUCCCCGCUACCUCCUCGUCGUCCAUGGCGGCGCCGGAACAAUGACCAAGGCUGGUUCUACGCCCGAGCAGCGUGCAGCAUACAAAAGCACUUUACGUCGUGCAUUGCAAGCCGGUCACGAGGUAUUGAGCGCGGGAGGAGAGGCAAUGGACGCGGUCGUGGCCUCUGUAACGGUUCUCGAGGAUUGCCCCCUUUUCAACGCAGGAAAGGGAGCUGUUUUCAAUACGGAUGGCAGGAACGAACUUGAAGCGUCCAUCACCCUAUCAAAACCACCAGCUGCACAUCCAGACAUCCCGAUUGGGCGUCGCGGCAUAGGUGCCACUCUCCUUACCCACAUCAAGAAUCCGUGUCAGCUUGUACGAGCACUGUACCUGAACCCUUCGCUCGCGCCACAUACGUUCUUGUCUGCACCGGCGGCAGAGACUCUGGGCGAGGUACUAGGGAUCGAAACCGUGGACGAAGAUUAUUUCUGGACAGAGAAACGUUGGAAGGAACACCGGCGGGGGCUCGGGCUCCCUGAAGAAGUUCCGCCUGCUCAGAAGAAGAGGUCGGAGGCUGAAGGCGACCUUGCGCCACUCGAAGAACUCCCGAAAGGGACGGUCGGUGCCGUCGCGCUCGAUAUCAAUGGCUGCAUCGCGUCCUGCACCUCGACAGGUGGCCGAACGAACAAGCUUCCUGGUCGCAUUGGAGAUACCCCAAUCAUGGGUGCUGGGUUCUGGGCGGAGCAGUGGCAAGCGGGCGGGGGGUUCUGGACGUCGUUCGUGCGCAAGAUCACCGGAAAAUUAGCAAGAACGUACGCUAUGGGACUCUCCGGUACUGGUGACGGCGAUUACUUCAUUCGUCAAAGUACCGGCGCGACCAUUUCGCACCUCGUUCGUUAUGCCGGCCUCUCUCUCAAGGACGCAUGCGUCAAGGCUAUGCAGAGCUUGCGAAGGGACGGCGGUGACGGUGGUGUGAUAGCCCUGGAUUCAGAGGGAAAUUGGGCCAUGCCGAUGAACUGUGAGGGGAUGUAUCGUGGCGUCAUCGGGGAAGACGGAGUACCGAAGGUGGCCAUAUUUGCGGACGAGGAGUUGGCUUGAGGCGACGGACUUUCCGUCGCGUGCGCAGUAGCACACAUCUUUCUGUGCAUCGUCAGUGCAACGCCUCGUUAUCGUCCGACCUACGGCAGAGCUCCGCUGACGACUUCCAUUGUUGAUAGUAGGGAGAUUGUUUAGGGGUAUAAAUCAGAUAGGCGUUCAGGAAGCGUACGCAUAGCCAGACUCUGAACUGAUUACGGAGCCAUUUACAAAGGAAGCUGCCUCGGACGCCAGCCAAAGACAACUCUUCGCUGGAUCGUGGAGAGCGUCCAAGUGAAGCGCGAGGGAUGAGUCCGUAGACGUGUGGCUGGUCAGUAUCGGCGCUCUCCAGGGCUCCAGAACCACAUUUAUGC